AAAAUACCCCUCCUUUCCUGUUGAGCCGGAAAAAGGAGAGAACGCUUGAGCAACAGAAGAGAAACGAGACGAUGGAGGACGGAGAGAUAGUGGAGGGAGUAGCAAUGGAAGAGGAGGCACAAUUAACACAGCCUAAGAAUGAGAAGUCUCCUUACGAAAUGCUUCGAGAAAGCAAAGCUUCUGUGGAGGAGAUCGUGGCCCAGAUUCUCUCCAUAAAGAAAGAAAAUAAGCCCAAAUCGCAGCUCCGUGAACUCGUGACCCAAAUUUUUCUCAACUUCGUUACUCUUCGUCAGGCAAACCGUUCGAUUUUACUGGAAGAGGAUAAAGUGAAGGGGGAGACAGAACGCGCGAAGGCGCCUGUGGAUUUUACGACUCUGCAGCUUCAUAAUUUGAUGUAUGAGAAGAGUCACUAUGUUAAAGCUAUAAAAGCUUGCAAGGACUUCAAGUCUAAAUAUCCUGACAUUGAGCUUGUUCCGGAAGAAGAGUUUUUUCGUGAUGCUCCAGAACAUAUUAAAGGCCCUGUGCUGUCUGAUGAUACUUCACACAAUUUGAUGCUCAAGAGGCUAAAUUAUGAGCUACACCAGCGAAAGGAACUGUGCAAACUUCAUGAGAAACUGGAACAACGUAAGAAAAGUCUGUUGGAGACCAUUGCUAACCGGAAGAAGUUCUUAUCGAGUCUCCCAUCACACCUCAAGUCACUUAAGAAAGCAUCCUUGCCCGUACAGAACCAAUUAGGGGUUCUGCAUACGAAGAAGUUAAAGCAGCAACACUCAGCAGAGUUACUUCCUCCUCCUCUUUAUGUGAUUUACUCACAAUUCAUGGCACAAAAGGAAGCCUUUGGAGAACAUAUUGAUCUGGAGAUUAUUGGAAGUCUAAAAGAUGCUCAAGCUUUUGCCCACCAGCAAGCCAAUAAGGAUACUGGCAUAUCUACAAAUGCAGAGAGUUCAAGGUUGGAGGAUGAUGCACCUGAUGAGGAAGAUGAUGGCCAGAGAAGGAGAAAGCGGCCACGGAAGGCUCCAAGCAAGGAGAGCCUGGAACAUGCUGGAGUUUAUCAACUUCAUCCACUUAAAAUCAUACUACAUAUAUAUGAUGAUGAGAUUCCAGAUCCAAAGUCCACAAAGCUCAUCACUUUGAAGUUCGAAUACUUGUUCAGGUUGAAUGUUGUCUGUGUGGGGGUCGAGGGAUCCCAUGAAGGAUCUGAGAAUAACAUCUUGUGCAACUUAUUUCCUGAUGACACUGGUGUCGAGCUUCCUCACCAGUCCGCUAAGCUCUUUGUUGGAGAUGCACCUGCAUUUGAUGAAACCAGAACUUCACGUCCAUAUAAGUGGGCCCAGCAUUUGGCCGGGAUUGAUUUCUUGCCAGAGAUUGCACCAUUACUUAGUAGCCAUGAAACUGCAAACUGUGAAACAGUUAAAAGUGAUGUUGUUGUAUCAGGUUUAUCACUAUAUCGUCAACAGAAUCGGGUGCAAACUGUUGUACAAAGAAUUCGUUCACGGAAAAGGGCUCAGCUGGCUCUUGUGGAACAGCUUGAUUCACUUUUGAAGCUUAAAUGGCCUUCUUUGAAUUGUGAAAGUGUUCCAUGGGCUUUACAUACUCCCUUGUGCAAUUUGCAUGGUUGGUCAGUUGCUGGAUCCCAAACUAACCAGGCUUCACCUGUGCCUGUCGUUGACACAGAUCAAGUUGAGGAACCCAUGGAUGUUGAUGUGGACAGAAGAACUGGUACUUCGAAGGAAGAGUCAGAGAGUGCAAGAGAGGAUGGGGAACUCCCAUCCUUAGUUGCUUCUGUUGUGAAUGAUAUUAAGGUUACUCCAUCAAAAAUAUCAAAUCUAGAGCAUACCAGGCAUCUGGCUUUAAUUUCAAAGAGCAUUAUCUCACCUGUUAGUAAGGGAAAAUCACUAAGUUUCAAGAAAUCUGAUGAGGAUUCAGAUCUUUUGUUGGAUAAUGAUAGUGAUAAGGAUGAGCUUGUACCACUUGAGCAAGAGAUAGAAAAUGAAGCUUGCCUUAAGAUGGCUGAAAAUCUGUGGGUGGAUUAUGGCGUUAAAGAAUAUUCUCUUGUUUUAACGGGAAAGGUGGAUGCUGAUGAGAGGAAUGUUAAGUUAGAAGCAAAGUUUUUGUUGUUGCAGAUUAAAGUCAGCAUGGAAUAUCCUCUGAGACCUCCUCUUUUCACAUUGACUCUUCGCUCUUCUGUAGAAAAUCAUGACAAGGGUGAUGGCUCUGAAUGGUGCAAUGAACUUCGUGCUAUGGAAGCAGAGGUUAAUCUUUAUAUGCUAAGGAUGCUGCCAUUGGAUCAAGAAAACCAUGUCUUAUCUCAUCAAGUGCGAUUCCUCGCAAUGUUAUUUGACUAUUUCAUGGAUGAGGCAUCUCUGAGUGAAAAAAAGACUACUUCUGUGGUUGAUGUUGGUUUGUGUAAGCCCGUUAGUGGUAAGCUUCUUGCUAGAUCCUUUAGAGGGAGGGAUCGCAGGAAGAUGAUAUCAUGGAAGGACACGGAAUGCACCUCUGGCUAUCCAUACUAACAAAUAGAAACUCAACAUGCACAGAUGAUCAUAUCAGCACUCAUUCCUACUACUUGCCAGAUGGGGAUUGGAAUGAACUACAAGAAGGUAUGUGUCUUGGGUACAGGAACAAUAGAUGGACAUUGCUUUUGCAUUAGCAUUGUUCCUGAUUUCCUUUCCACUGGAAUUGGUGGAUCUGUUACAGGUGUGAAUUCAUGAAUUUGGGACUUACAAUUUUUGGAGGUCAUGUUAGUGUAAGUUUGUAAUAUGCCCUGCGAUACAGAUUUUGGGCCAUCAUUGACCAUGGUAGAGGAUUUCGUGAUGCAGUUUUCUACGCCAACUCAGACAUGAUUGAUUUUCCUUAUUACUUAAAGCACACAUGGCGUUUCUAGGCAAAGUUUUAGAUAUUAUCUUGUCAUUUGGUAAAAAGCUCGAGUUAGGCAUAAUUUGAUGCAAUAGCCCCACAAUGUUUUGGAGAUAGUAAACUCAACUUAACCCCUUGAAUUUCAUGACCGUGUUAAGCUGAAAACUUAUGUAUAUGACAUUAGACUGGAACUUCUUAUAUGUUUUAUCGAUGUCUUGUACUGACAGCAGCUUUUGUGGCUUUGUCUUCCAUCAUCGUCUUGUGGCAUUGUGGCCAAAUAAAAUCUUUGCUUUUGUUCUCAAAUAA